CCCCCGGCCGGUCCCUCCCCCUGGCGGGCCCGCCUCUCCCCGCCGCGGCGCUGAAGGAGGGCGGGGCAGGGCCCCCCGGGUCAGUCUCAGCCUCCGGCACUGGCCGCGCAGCUGGAGGCAGCGGAGCGGAAGCCCCAGCCAUGGCUGCGAUCCGAAAGAAGCUGGUGAUUGUGGGGGAUGGGGCCUGUGGGAAAACCUGCCUCCUCAUCGUCUUCAGCAAGGAUCAGUUCCCCGAAGUUUACGUCCCCACGGUCUUCGAGAACUACAUCGCAGACAUAGAGGUGGACGGCAAGCAGGUGGAGCUGGCACUAUGGGACACAGCUGGGCAGGAGGACUACGAUCGGUUGAGGCCUCUCUCCUACCCGGACACUGAUGUCAUCCUCAUGUGCUUCUCCAUUGACAGCCCCGACAGCCUGGAAAACAUUCCUGAGAAGUGGACCCCGGAGGUGAAGCACUUCUGCCCCAAUGUGCCCAUCAUCCUAGUGGGGAAUAAGAAGGACCUAAGGCAAGACGAACAUACCAGGAGAGAGCUGGCCAAGAUGAAGCAGGAACCUGUGCGAUCUGAGGAGGGCCGGGACAUGGCGAACCGGAUCAGUGCCUUUGGCUACCUCGAGUGCUCGGCCAAGACCAAGGAGGGGGUGAGGGAGGUAUUCGAGAUGGCCACUCGGGCCGGCCUCCAGGUUCGCAAGAAUAAGCGCCGGAGGGGUUGUCCCAUUCUCUGAGACCACGGAGGCCUCCCCUCUUCCCCCACUUCCUUCCACAGGGGGCAGAAGCUGUCCAUUUCCUGGCCCCACCCCCUUAGGGCUCCUUGGCAAAGGCUCCCUUUUCAGUUCUCUCCCGCCCAGGACUGCAUCGGAGUUCCCCAGCCCCACUGGCCCCCAAGGUGAUGGUGGUGGUAGGUGGCUGGCUCUCCCUCCACACUCUCUGGGUACCUAGGGCAAUUUCCUGCCCUUCAGAAGAGUCCCUCCUCCCACUGCCUUGGCCCAGGGGUGGGGCUCUGGAUCCCUUUGGCCUUCCCCAGAGGAUCAUCACACACCAGCACUUUAUCCACUUCUGGCUCACAGGAGUGUCUGGGGUAGGGGACUUGGAGGGUGCAACCCUGAGCCCCGGGUCUCUGGCUCUACUUGGGGGGGGGUGGUGGUGGUGGCAUGAAUAAAGGCCACAGGCUCCUAA